AAAGAAAGUCGGGGUAAGAUGAAAUUUUUAGGAGGCUGGGGCUCCAAGCCCAUUGUUUCACAUGUUGUCGAAGGGGCUAACCCCGACACAGGAGAACUGCCAACUGCGGUGGAAACUUUUCAAAAGUUUCACCAUAAAGGCAACGAUUGGCGCAACGAGUUCGCGCAACAAGCUUACGAGCAAAUGGUUGAAAUAGCGGCAACUCAACCAGCGCCCACUGCAGAUGAGCCCGAAGAGCCUGCUGUCGAUCCUACACAGUACCCCCGAGACUUACCUGUUAUGACGCAAGUACUCGGGGAACGAUCUCGGCAUCUUAGAGGCUUUGGUCAUCUCCCCAGACUGAAGGGAGUUGGGGCCAAAAGAGCACCUGCCACGCAUCCUUCGGCCAACCGACCACGAUUCCAAGAUCAGUUUGAGUAUCUUUCUCGAGCUGUGCCGGGUUUCAACUUGCCUCCCAUGGAUCUUCCACCAUUGCCCACUCCUGGUGCUGGAUCAUCGGCUGCUGCUGGUGCUGGAUCGUCAUCGCAGCCUCCCGAGACUCAGAGAAACAACGAUGACGACAUUACCCGCCUAUAG